AUGGAUGAAGAUAACAGUUUGAAUAUUCGCAAUUGGGGUUACUAUGAACCAACAUCUGUUAAAGGAAAUCUGGGUCUUCAGCUCAUGUCGCCACCUGAGAAACCAUUUUUGGGUGCGCGCAGUGCUGCGAUCAUGACAAGUGUGAAUGGAGGUUUUCACCAAAGAGAUAUUGGGGUUUCCCAGCCAAUGUUCCCUAUGGAGUACAUGAGGGAUGCUUGGAUUGGCCAGAGAGAAAAGUUUCUCAAUGGGUUGCCUGGAAACCAUAAUUAUGCAGCGGUUUUGCCUGAAACAUCUUCAGGUCAUCAUAUGCAAAUGUUUCAACAACCUGAUUCGGCAAAUGAUGAAAUGCUCGACCAAGUUGAAGAGGCUGGUGUUGUUGAAAAGGAAAAUGGUCUUGAUAAGAAGAGGCAGCGUCCUAAAGCCCUGAAAUCCCCUAAAGCAAAGAAGGGUACGAGAGGCCCUCGAGUACCCAAACCUGAGGGUAGUCCUUCUGUUCAACGAGUAAGGUCUGCCAAGAAAACAGCCGAAAUUAUGAUAAAUGGGAUCAAUAUGGACAUUUCAGUCAUUCCUAUACCAGUUUGCUCAUGUACUGGCACCCACCAACAAUGUUAUCGUUGGGGUUGUGGUGGGUGGCAAUCAGCAUGUUGUACGACUUGCAUAUCUAUGUAUCCCCUGCCUAUGAGUACGAAAAGGCGUGGUGCAAGGAUAGCAGGGAGAAAAAUGAGUUCGGGAGCUUUUAAGAAGGUAUUAGAGAAACUUGCUGGUGAAGGCUAUGAGUUUUCUAAUCCGAUUGAUCUUAGAACCCACUGGGCUAAACACGGUACGAACAAGUUUGUCACUAUCAGAUAG